AGCGGUUAGCCAACAUUACACUAUUCAAACUUCAGCAGCACAGUUGGGUUUAGUUGUGUAUCUUAACACGAAAGCUUCUGGUGUUCGCUAGAGAAGAAGAAUUCAAAUCAGAUAAAUCUAAUUUUGAACAAAGUUUUCCCCGGAAAAUUCGAAAAAGUAGCUGAACUGACCUGUGGUACUUUCUGCAGAGUCAAUAGCAAAAUCCAAACUACGUUUCACAGAUUUCCUCAAAUUUUGGACAAAAAUAAAUCAAAGACUCAUUGGUCCACGGUCCGGGGAGCCCCGCAAGCUUUGAAUGUAUUCUUAGUACAGAGUUGUCGGUACAACGAAUCUACAGACGCAACCGAACUUUUAUAUGAAACUUAAAGAUUUAAGCUGAGAUCAGUGCUAAUCGAGGAGUCAAGUUUUGCUGGUGUUUCGGCGGAUUGCUAAGAGGCCACGCGCAAAGAGAACCUGUUCUUGGUAGAAACGCAUUUUGAAUAUUUUAUUAGAAUUGUCGGGAGUGCCCGAAAACCGGCAGUGAAAAUUUAUUUGCUGAGUUGGCUGCAACAAUGGAGAAAAACGGACAAGUUACAAUAAACAUGGGGAUUUUUGAAAAGAACGCCGAAAACGCUGAUCGGCGUGCAAGAAAUAUUGAACUGGCAGAAGAAGACGCUGAACCUCUAGUGCCUAAAGACCCUACAAAACCUCCGAUUGCCCAUCCUGAACAUGAUUCUGAUGAAGGUCCAGACGAUGAUGUACCAUUCACUCCAGACGCACGUCCAGGUAUCGACGACGGUUUCUUUCCGCCCGACACAGAUAUACCACCAUCAUUCCCCGAAAAUCCUGACACCGAAUUAUCACCUGAAGAACCAAAUGGUAUUGUACCACGAGGUCCUGGCGGCGACGAAACCGACUCAGAUCGUCCUGGACAGCCAUUCCCUUUUGCACCAGAGUUCGGUCCAAAUGUUGUCAACGUGAAUGGCGUACCGACGAUUAUUCCAGAUGUAAAUGAAUACCAGCAUAAGAAAACUUUGGCACAAGGGAUGAUGGACUUGGCGCUACUUUCGGCAAAUGCAAACCAACUUCGAUACGUACUGGAAUCAUAUAAAAGACAUCCCUAUUAUUAUGCCAGUCUCAUUUUCAUUGUAAUGAGUUUAGUGUUCCAGAUUGCCGUUGGCGUUGGACUCAUUCUGAACAGUCGUUAUAAUGUGAAAGACAAGAAGGAGAUAUGCAAAGCAAACAGAAUCAACAAUUUCACGAUAAUUGGCAUUUUUAUCGUAACAAUAGUGAAUGUCUUCAUAUCGGCAUUUGGGGUUGCUGACCCGCCCCCAGAAAUGAGGGCAUAAUUUUGUUUGGAAUUUGUUUUCGUUUAUAGCGUAGGAUCUAGUUGUUAAAAUUAAAUUUAAGAUACUGAAACAUUAUUUAUAUUUUUUUAUGAAUGCCAUUAUUUGAUCAAAAUGAUUUAUAUGGAAUAUUGUGUGAUAUAUACUUUAAGUAUAGAAAUAUGUUAAGGAAAGAAUAUUGUGCAAAGUUUUGGACGAAACUCAUGCUUUAAAUACAAAAGUCAUAAAUUUAAGUUUGAA